AUGAAUAAAUCAUGGGUAUGGUUGCCAAGAAAUAGCCUUGAGUAUGAAAAAGGAGCAAGUGAGUUUGUGUCUGCUGCAUCAAGCCGUUUAGGUGGUCCAGCUGAAAUUUUCUGUCCUUGUGUCGAUUGCCGCAAUGUCUGCCAUCAGUCUGCUGAGAAAGUUUUGGAGCAUCUGGUGAUUAGAGGGAUGGAUCCAAAGUACAAGAUUUGUAGAUUAUGGUCUAAACACGGAGAUACAAGGCCUGAUAAGUCAUCUGGUAUCAACUCGUCUGAAAAUGAAGCGUACGAGUUGUUGAGAACAGCUUUCAUGCCAAGUGAAGAUUAUCCAGCAGCUCAUCAAGAGAAUGCAGAAGCGUUUGAGGGAAGUGAAAGCCCAGCAGAAGCUGAUUUCAGGAAAAAGUUGGAGGAUGCAGAAAUCCCAUUGUACUCGAAGUGUUCAAACUACACCAAGGUGGCUGCAAUCAUGGGUCUUUACCGGAUAAAAGUCAAAAGUGGGAUGUCUGAGAGCUUUUUUGAUCAGCUUUUGUCAUUAGUUCAUGACAUGCUUCCCGGAGACAAUGUUCUACCUAAGUCUACUGAUGAGAUGAAGAAGUUUCUGAAGCAGUUUGGUUUUGGCUACGAUGUCAUUCACGCCUGCAAGAAUGACUGUAUCUUGUAUAGAAACCAGUAUGAAGAUGCGGUGAGCUGUCCAAGAUGCAGUGAAUCAAGAUGGGAGAAGGAUAAGCAUACUGGUGAGGAGAAGAAAGGGAUUCCGGUCAAGGUCCUUAGGUAUUUUCCGAUCAAAGACAGGUUCAGAAGAAUGUUUAGAUCAAAGCGUUUAGCGGAGGAAUUGCGUUGGCACUCUACUAAUGCUUCUGAAGAUGGAAGUAUGCGACAUCCAGUAGAUUCACUGACAUGGGUUCAGACAAACAACAAAUGGCCGGAGUUCGCUGCUGAAGCAAGAAACCUACGACUUGGUAUUUCUACAGAUGGCAUGAAUCCGUUCUCUAUCCAGAGCACCAACCACAGCACAUGGCCUGUUUUCUUAGUCAACUACAACAUGGCUCCCACACAGUGCAUGAAAUCCGAGAACAUCAUGUUGACAAUGCUGAUACCAGGACCAUCUGCACCUGGGAACAACAUUGAUGUGUAUCUACAGCCACUGGUAGAUGACUUGAAGAGUUUGUGGACAGAAGGUAUGGAAGUCUAUGAUUCCUUUAAAAAGGAGAGUUUUACUCUUAGAGCUAUGCUGUUGUGGAGUAUCACCGACUACCCUGGAUUAGGCACAUUAGCCGGGUGUAAAGUGAAGGGAAAGCAAGCAUGUAAUGUCUGUGGGAAGGACACACCCCAUAGGUGGCUAAAGUUUAGUCGGAAACAUGUUUAUAUGGGGAACAGGAAGCGGCUCAUGCCUAAUCAUCCUUACAGGCGACAGAAAGGAUGGUUUGACAACACGGUGGAAGCUGGUUAUUCGAAUAGGAUUCAGAGUGGAGCUGAGAUCUGUGAAAGUCUCAGGGACUUCAAAAACGACUUUGGGAAACAAAUAAGUAAGAGGAUCAAAAGAAAAAGGACUGCAGUAGACGAGGAUGAUAUUGAUUUGCCUGUGAGGCAUAACAUAGAUGUUAUGCACGUGGAGAAGAAUGUGUCUGAUGCACUGCUGUCUAUCCUGAUGCACAAUGCGAAAUCAAAGAAUGGCCUCAAAGCAAGAAAAGAUUUAGAAGAUAUGGGGAUUAGAAGCAACUUGCAUGCACAAAUCGGUUCCAGUAGAAGAAACAAUUACAAGAAACGAAGAUGUUGA